GGCUGACGCUUUCACUGAGUUACUUGAUGGCGUUAGCAUGAAGGUGAUACGUCAUGAUCGUAGUGAUCAAGUAACUGCAAAGUUUUGUUUAGAUUUGAGUGUAUUUCAUCGGAAAGUUUUUGUAUCUUAACUAAGAAAUAUAUGUAAAAUACCAGUUUGUAUCCAAACACUUCCCUAGGGGUAAUACUCGGUGGAGAUAUCUACGGGUAUUGUUUGAAAAUGUGAAAUUGUUCUAGGUCCCGUGGGAGGAGGCCCUAACACGUGUAAUGUGCCUGUCUCCAGUUAGUGGUCAGGAUAGAAAACAAGUCUGGGUGUGAUGUCAACGGGAUCUCACCAGUAUCACCAGUAGUAGGCCAUGAUAUCAGGCUUUUGCAGUGUUCACUAAUCACCAUGACAGUUCAGCAUUACAUUACAAUUCCUACCACAGCCAGAGUCAAAAUUUGGCGGCCAAAAAAAAGCAUAGACCCUUCAGUCAAUGCCUUCCAUGACCCACUCCCCCUGCUUAUCCUUUCAUCCCCUAUUUAAACCACCAUCUACCCAUAGCUUAGCCUUUCAUCAGUCAUCAAUCCCACAAGCUAAGGUAGGGAUCUCCACAUCUAGAGGUGUGUUCCUACAAUUCAUAGCAAAGAUGGCCCCUUACUGGUAUUAGCUCUCCAAACCUCCUCAUAAUCCCCACAAUGCCUAGAUUCCUCGCCCUAAUUACCAUUGCCGUUGCCGUUGUCAGCUCCAGCCAUGCCUCCGUGGUGGAUUCGCAAGCCAGUGAUCGCACUGCGUUGCUCUCCUUCAAGUCCUGCGUCUGGGGCAACCUCUCUGAUUGGGGCUUCCCCAAAACGUGCAAUUGGACUGGUGUUACAUGUGACUCAAGAGGGCGCGUGAUUUACCUUCUUCUCUCUAACUCCAACCUCACUGGCAUCAUCUCCCCAGCAAUCGGCAACCUCUCCGCGCUUGUGAGGCUUGACCUCCAGAGCAACCAACUCUCUGGUAGCAUCCCACCAGAGCUCGGCAUGUUGUCCCAGCUCGCGGAACUGAACCUUAACAUCAACUUACUCGACGGGGUAAUCCCAGAAGCGCUAGGUCUUCUGAGAAGCUUAACCUACCUCUCCCUGUAUGGCAACAACCUCACUGGUAGCAUCCCCGAAGCUAUCUGCAACUGCUCUUCCUUAACCUACAUUGACCUGAGAACCAACUCCCUCACUGGUGAGAUCCCUUUCUCUACACGAUGUCGGCUGCCGUACCUAAAGAAGAUCAUCCUCUUCGAAAAUAAGCUCGUCGGCGUCAUCCCCUCAUCAAUUUCGAAUUUUACUCGACUUGACUGGGUGCUUUUGCAGAACAAUUUCCUUGGUGGUCAACUGCCAUCCCAAAUGUUCAACAAGAUGCCAUCCCUCAAGUACCUCUACCUGUCUAACAACAAUUUCUCAAGUGAUGACGGGAACACUAACCUUGAGCCUUUUCUUGCUUCUCUAGUGAACUGCACCAGCUUACAAGAGCUUGGAGUGGACUCAAACGGCAUUGGAGGCAAGAUCCCGCCGAUCAUUGGCAAUUUGUCAUCAACCAAUCUCUCCAAGCUUUAUUUGAAUGACAACGAAAUCACCGGCACAAUUCCUCAUGCCAUCGGAAACCUUCCUUCACUGACAGAUUUAUGCCUGGACAACAACAUGUUGGAAGGCCCAAUCCCCUUAGAGAUAUUCCAGCCAGGUUGGCUCACACAGUUAGUCCUGGCAAAUAACCAGAUCAACGGUGAAAUACCCAAAUCCAUCGGCUUAGCUCAGCACUUAAGUAUCAUGGACAUAUCUUAUAAUGGUCUUCAAGGCACAAUACCAGAGACUUUGUCCAACCUCACUAAGUUGGGGUACCUUGUUCUUGACCAUAACCAGCUCUCGGGUACCAUACCACCUGGUCUCAGCUGCAGCAUGAUCUUGGACCUUUCUUACAACAAACUUACUGGUCAAAUUCCUGAUGGUGUAGCUGGGCUUAGUAGCCUCCAAAUCUAUCUUAAUCUCUCUAACAAUCUCUUAGAGGGCCCCAUACCAUUGGAAUUUGGCAAUAUGGACAAGAUCCAGGCUCUUGACUUGUCGGCGAACAAGCUCUCGGCGGCAAUACCAGCGCAGAUCAAGGGCUGUGCUGAGGUUGAGUAUGUCAAUCUCUCCAGAAACUUUCUGCAAGGCGCCCUUCCUUCUUCCAUUGGCGCUCUGCCAACCAGCCUCCAUGUCCUUGACGUUUCUUUCAAUAGGCUUACUGGUAUGAUUCCUCAGUCUUUGCAAGCAUCACCAGUGCUCCAGUUUGCCAACUUCUCAUACAAUAACUUCACCGGUGAGGUGUCCAGUGAAGGAGCAUUUGCAAACCUCACUGAUGACUCAUUUCUCGGCAAUCCUGACCUAUGUGGGUCUAUUCUCGGCUUGGCGCCAUGCAGUGGAAAACAUGGUCACUUCCUGUACAUAGCCAUCAUUGUCGUCGUCGCCAUUGCUGCCGGUUUAUUGGCCAUGGUGUGCGUUGUUGAUCACGACCUAAUGAAGACUCGUUUGAGGUUGACAGCCCCAUCCAUUCAACUAUCACAUUUCCCGACAGUACAGGGCAAUGCCACGGGCAAAAAGGAGAGUGAUGAACAUCCAAGGAUCUCAUAUCGUCAGCUUGUCGACGCGACCGAUGGCUUUUCAGAAGUGAAUUUGAUUGGGAAAGGAGGAUACGGGCAUGUCUACAGGGGUGUCCUCCAUGGCGGGACAGUGAUCGCCAUCAAAGUCCUGCACCAGGACCACGCUGGCGAGGUGAUCGCGGGCAGCUUCGAGAGGGAAUGCCGGGUGCUCAGGAGCAUCCGGCACCGGAACCUCAUCCGGGUGAUCACCACGUGCAGUACGCCAGACUUCAAGGCCGUCGUGCUCCCGUUCAUGCCGAACGGCAGCCUCGAUAGCCUCAUCCACGGGCCUCCCUGUGGCGGCAAGCCGGAGGGGCCACGCCAGCUGGACCUGGACCUGCUGCUCGGCAUCGCCAGUAACGUCGCCGAGGGCAUGGCGUACCUGCACCACCACGCCCCCGUCAAGGUCGUGCACUGCGACCUCAAGCCGAGCAACGUCCUCCUCGACGGCGACAUGACCGCCAUCGUCUCCGAUUUCGGCAUCUCGAAACUGGUGAUCACGGGCGCCAGAGAUCCAGAGGUGGGCGAGGCGUCGACGUCCGUAUGCAACUCCAUCACUCGGCUGUUACAAGGCUCUGUUGGCUACAUUGCGCCCGAGUAUGGAUUGGGAGGCCGCCCUUCUACGCAAGGCGACGUGUACAGCUUCGGGGUGAUGCUCCUGGAGAUGAUCUCCGGGAAGAGGCCGACGGACGUGAUCUCCGAGGAGGGGCACGGCCUGCACGACUGGGCCAAGAAACGCUGCCUGCAGCACGACGUGGACGCCGUCGCUGAGCGUUGGCUGCCUCGUGAUCCGCCGUCUGUGCUGCCAUUUGGCCCGCCCAGGUGCGAGAUGGAGGUCAUCGUCGUCAUGGUCAUGGAGCUGCUUGAGCUCGGCGUUGCGUGCUCGCAGCUCGUGCCGUCGAUGAGGCCAACCAUGGAUGACAUGGCGCACGAGAUCGCUUGCCUUAGGGAUGGUACGUGGAGAAAGUACAGGGCAACAGGUCUGAAGGCCAUUGACCAGACUAAGUCCAAGAAAUAUUAGUAGACUGGUGUGAUUCACUACUUCAGUUUCUACGCAAAAUGGUUGAUCAAAAUACUAUAAGGUGUGAUUACUGAUUAGAAUGUGUGCAUAAUACCAGACAUGGUAUACACUCAUCCUUGUAUUGCUGACUUGUGGUUGGUGGCCAAUAUGAAGUUUGUAUGCAAA